AUGGCCUUCCAUUUAGUUUCUUUUAAUUACAGCACUUGCUACAUCCAUGAUUACAUCAUCCCCUCCAUGUUGCAGAGCACAAAAGAGCCAGGUCGGGAGCAGACCGGGUUCUCCUCAGGGCCCCUUUACUCCCCAGGUGGCAGCAGUGGGGAAGAGUUCUCAGACCACGACAUGGAGCACCCGGACAGCCCCGUCUCCACCGCCACAGUGGAGUCAGACAGUAGCGGCCCUGAGUUGGAGGCAUGCACCAUCAAUGACCUCCUCAUCUCUGACGGCCGCUCCCGCCGGAGACCCAUCCAACGGUGUCCACGCAAGGGAGGCAGAAAGUCAGACAGUAGCAAGGGGACUGGCUCAGCAGACUGCAGCCCUGCCAAAGGGAAAACCAAAGGGCGCUACAUGUGCUGUGAGUGUGGCAAGUCUUAUGCCACAUCCUCCAAUCUGAGCAGACACAAGCAGACUCACCGCAGCCUGGACAGUCAACAGGCCAGGAAGUGUCCCACAUGCCACAAGGUUUACGUGUCCAUGCCGGCGCUGGCCAUGCAUAUGCUGACCCACGACCUGAAGCACGAGUGCACUGUGUGCGGCAAAGCCUUCAGUCGGCCCUGGCUGCUACAGGGCCACAUGAGGUCCCACACGGGAGAAAAACCGUUUGCCUGUGCCCACUGUGGCAAAGCCUUCGCCGAUCGUUCCAACCUUCGCGCCCACAUGCAGACGCACUCGGCCUUCAAGGACUACUCCUGCAAGCGCUGUCACAAAAGCUUUGCACUCAAGUCCUACCUGAACAAGCACUAUGAGUCAGCUUGCUUCAAAGGGCACCAAGCAGAGGACGACGACAGCGCUGACGACUUAUCUUAAAUAUUGCUCUUUUUCAUUUCUAUUCCCGCAAUUUUUUAACAAUUCAGAGAAAAAGUUGCAGCUUCUCAGGCUUGUCACAUGCAUGCAUCAUAAUCCUGCCUUUUGAUAUGAGCAGUAACCUCAUUUUAAACAAUUCAGGAAGUAUGUAUGAAAUUCCUAAAA